CUCCAAAACCAAGCCAGAAAAGCAGGUUUGGAUUCAAAGAUUUAAUUGCGCAUUCAUUCUUUUAAAACGAUGAAGGAAAAAUUAGUUUUUCGAAAAGUAAAAAAACGAGUUUAAAUAUAAAAAUCACAUAAAUAGAAUAAAAAAGCAAUGAAAAUGCCUGUUUCAAGUACGCCAAAACAGCGUAAAAGAACCCCUAAAUCAUGCCUCAAUUGUCGACGAAGAAAAUUGAAAUGCGACCGUCAGCACCCGUGUUCUCGCUGUAAGGAACGAUAUGAGCGAUGUCUAUAUGCAGAGGGACCGGAAAAUGAGGAUGCUUCGCCAGAAGCAAAUGACCAAUUGCGACGUACAAAUUCACGGGAAGCUGUCAAUUCAGCAGCAAGUUCUGGGAAAAAGCCUUCACGAACAAUUGAAACAGAACAAAAAAGGUUUGAAUUUUAUGGUUGGAGAACCUUUCUAGAACUUGUACGCAGCAAGAAACCUGACGACAGAAGCAGUUUUCAUUUUCGUUGCUUAGAGCGCAAUAAUACAAGAAUGUCUGUACCUCUUCAUGAAGAAAUGUAUGCUCUAUUUCCUCCAUAUUGUAUAUCAAAGUCUUUGGUGGAACAUUUCUUGGAUACAACGAACGAAUUAUUUCCAAUCUUUUAUCGACCUGAAAUAGGCAAAUACUUAAUGUUAAUGCAAACUUCUGGGUUGCGUUCAAUCCCUUCUGAUGGUAUUUUUCUUUUACUGUGUAUAAUUGGCCAUGCGCUUGAGAUGAUUAAUUUACCAUUGGAAGUAAAAAACUAUUUUGCUACUAAUGAUUGCAGUCCUGCUGAUUUAUCUAAACUGAUUUUUGAAAAAUUGGAUGAAUUUUUUAACAACUUUCAAUACUCUGAGAACACUGGAAACGUUACAAGAAUUCAGUACUUCAUUGCUCAGGCACUUUAUAAUACGAAAAAGCAGUUGCGUGGGUGCAACGUAGCUUUGUGUCGUUCUGUUCACCUAUCAAUUCACGUAAGUCCUAUAUACCAAUUAGAUAAUGUUACCAAUGACCUGAAUACGGAUUUGUGGCUUACGAUUUGUGAGAUUGAUGCUAUGGAGCAUAUCUUUAAAAGCCGAAACUGUUGGGUUCAACGAGAUGUCUUUGGAAGGCUACAACCUGCAAGAAACUUAUUUUCAGAUGAGAAAACAUUUCAGUAUCAUUCAUUACUUGGAAAGUUAUUAAAUUGCGGACUUGACGUACAAAAAGCGGUGCAUACCUUAACAGUCCAAGAAUACCUGAGAAAACUGGACGAAUUUGACGUCGGAUUAUCUCUCAUCUUAACUUCCAUCGAAUCCUUGUUUUUUGGAGUCUCAGACUUAUCGAAUAUAUUUCGAUAUGACUUUUUACGUUUAAUCUUUUGGAUCAUACGAAAAAAUUUAUAUCAAUGCUUUCUUACUGUUGAACAGGAGAAAUUACCAGAACCCCACCAAAUAUUUGAGAAACUGGCUAUUGCUUGCAUUCAGGCAUGCCGUAUCACCACAAGCUCAUAUGAGAACUUUAUUCGUUUCGAUCUCCUUGGAAUAGCGACCUUGGAAUCCAUUACUUGCUUACUUAUUUUACCUUUUUGUCAAGAGCGUGGCUUUCAAUUACCAAAUGAUUGUACCGAGAUGGUUUACACUAUAAAAAAUCUAAAUUCAAUCAUAGUUAAUGAAGACCCAGUUCGGGAAGGUAUUGAAUAUAUGUUAGACUUUAUUCUUUCGGCGCUCGAAUCGAACUCAUCAAAUCCUUCAGAGUCGGAGUCUGACUAUUUCAUCGAUGAUCCCUUAAAAGUCUUUUCAGAUAUGUUCAAUAUUCCGCCUAGCUUCUUUCUUCCUCAUGGUGCCCCUUAUUAAAAUCAUUUUAUUUUGAGUAAUAAUAGUCUAGUUAAUUAUAGAUCUACCAUAUGUAAAUAAAUAUUGUAUAUUGUAUAUUGUUCAUAUAUG